GAACCGACCGAUUCGGUUUCCUACAUCGUUUAGAUGUAGUCUUCCUCUUCGUACAUCAUAUCGACGUUGUCGGUACUCUGGUUCAGGCCGCGGACGACGUGCGUGCGGAAUUCCGCGAGCAUCUCAUCGCUUACGUCGUUGCCGUUAGCGCGGGCAGCGUCCUGCAGACGAUCGAAGGCCCAUUCGCCAGUGUCGCCAUGAGGCAUUUCGAAGAAGCCAGGCUCGAAGAUGGGGAGUUCGCCAGGACCAAAGUAGCCCUUGCCCUCGAUGUUGUAACCUUCGAGGUCAUGGGUGCCCUUGCCCAACACCUGUCCGGUGGCGGCGUAGUGCUCCAUGGUGUUCUUCAGGCCAUACUUCUGGAUCGGGCAAACCUUCAUGCACACGCCACAACCGAGGUAGCGGGCCAUGACCGGCCGACAACGCUUGAAGUACACUUGUUCUUCUCAAUUCCACGCCACCAGAUCUUGUCGCGCAUCAGGGCGCGGCCCGGGCAGCGGUUUACGCAGACCUGGCAGACCUGGCAGAAAGCAUGGAUCCCGUAGUCGACGGGCUCGUCAUAGCUGACGUUGGCGUCGGUGGUGAUCAUCAUCAGCCGCAUGCGGUUGCCGCUGUGCGGGGACAGCAGAUAGCCACAGGCGCCCAGGGAGCCGAGACCGGCAGCUACGAACAUGGGGAUGACCGGGCCGGUGGAGUCACUGGAGUGGACCACGUGGGCCUUGUAACCCUGGGAACGGAUGAAGUUGCCCAGUUCCAAGCCGGCCGCUGCCUGCGUCCGGUAGGUGCUGGAGUGAACGAUCUCAGCGUCCACGCUGGGGAUCGUCUGCGUGGGCUCGAAGUCCUGCUCGUAGGCCAAGCAAAUGGCGUGGGGCAGUACGGUGAAGCCGCGCUUGCUCUUGUAGUCAUACCGUGGGUCGUAAUUGGUGAUGCCUACUUCCAGGUAACCCAACUGGCGCGCCUUUUCCUUGAUCGCCUCGGAGAUGUCCUCGCCGGUUGCCUCGGCAGUGGACUCCAUCUCGGCGGUGGCUCGGGCAGCCAUAAUCAGGUUGCUGUUGAGCUUGUCAUGCUCCUUGCGGAUCUCGCGCAUCUCAGCGUGAAGGUCGCGCAAAGUGUUCGCCCAGUCGCGGGAUGCCCUUUCCGUGAUGUUCAUGGUUUCCAGCGGAUAUUCGCGGGUGUACCAGUCGGUCUCACGGUUGGUCAUCGGAAUUCCGGGAACAGUUUCCAGUUCCUCAGGAACCGGAAUCGUGAUUUCGGCGUCGCCCCAGUGCCUUCCGGGUCGCACAACCUCAUGCCCAAUCUUAAGCAUAUUAGCCUCCUCGCUAGUUGGCUUUGCCGCUGUAUGCGGUGGCAUUUUCAG